CCAAAUUUCUCCGCCCACGCUUGGGCAGUCGGCCGCCUCGGCUUCUCUUCUUGACGACGACGACGGCCUCGUUGCGGUCGGUCACCGAUUCGCCAUGCGCCUCGCUCGCUCAGGCCUCAAGCUGCCGCCGCGGCCAUUCUGCUCUACCACCUUCUCCGCUACGGCGGCCGUCACGGAUGUCUCCUCCGCUGACCGCUUGCUGGCGGUCCUGCGCGGCUGCGUCUCCGCGCCGCACCUCCCGCUGGGCCUCCAAAUCCACGCUCGCGCCGUCGUGUCCGGCGCUCUCUCCGACCACAACCACCUGGCGCUCCACACCCGGCUCCUGGGCAUGUACGUCCUCGCGCGCCGGUUCCGCGACGCCGUCGCGGUGUUCUCCGCGCUCCCGCGCGCCGCCGCCGCAUCGUCGCUGCCGUGGAACUGGCUCAUCCGCGGGUUUACCGCGGCCGGGCAGCAUCACCUCGCCGUCCUCUUCUACGUCAAGAUGUGGUCCCACCCCGCCGCGCCGAGCCCCGACGCGCACACCCUCCCUUACGUCGUCAAGUCCUGUGCCGCGCUCGGAGCGAUGUCCCUGGGCCGUCUAGUCCACCGCACAGCGCGGGCGAUCGGGCUCGCCAACGAUGUCUACGUUGGGAGCGCGCUCGUCAAGAUGUACGCUGACGCUGGCCUCCUCGGGAACGCCCGCGACGCGUUCGACGGAAUACCAGAGAGGGAUUGCGUUUUGUGGAACGUGAUGAUGGACGGGUGCAUAAAGGCAGGUGACGUGGAUGGCGCGGUGCGUUUAUUCCGGAACAUGAGGGCAUCUGGUUGUGAGCCCAAUUUCGCGACUCUGGCGUGCUUUCUGUCUGUGUGUGCCACUGACGCUGACUUGCUGUCUGGGGCGCAACUUCACUCUCUGGCGGUGAAAUGUGGUUUAGAGCCGGAGGUGGCAGUGGCUAACACAUUGCUGGCGAUGUAUGCCAAGUGCCAGUGCUUGGAUGAUGCAUGGAGAUUGUUUGAACUGAUGCCACAGGAUGACUUGGUAACCUGGAAUGGAAUGAUUUCAGGAUGUGUUCAAAAUGGCCUUUUCGUUGAAGCUUUUGGAUUGUUCUAUGAUAUGCAGAGGAGUGGCGCUCGACCAGAUUCGAUUACGCUAGUGAGUUUGCUGCCGGCUUUGACCGACUUGAAUGGUCUCAAGCAGGGUAAGGAGGUACACGGUUAUAUUGUCAGGAAUUGUGUGAACAUGGAUGUCUUUUUGGUGAGUGCUUUGGUAGACAUCUAUUUCAAGUGCAGGGAUGUGAGGAUGGCACAGAAUUUAUAUGAUGCGGCUAGGGCUAUCGAUGUGGUUAUUGGCAGUACGAUGAUAUCAGGUUAUGUUCUUAAUGGGAUGAGUGAAGAGGCACUGCAAAUGUUCCGAUAUUUGUUAGAACAGUGCAUCAAACCAAAUGCUGUUACUAUAGCUAGCGUCUUGCCAGGGUGUGCUAGCAUGGCGGCUUUGCCUCUUGGUCAGCAGAUCCAUGGUUAUGUUCUAAGAAACGCAUAUGAAAGAAAAUGUUAUGUGGAGAGUGCACUGAUGGACAUGUACGCAAAGUGUGGCAGACUUGACCUGAGCCAUUAUAUCUUCUUAAAAAUGUCUCAGAAGGAUGAGGUGACAUGGAACUCGAUGAUUUCAAGCUUUUCACAGAAUGGAAAACCACAAGAAGCUCUAGAUCUUUUCCGUCAGAUGUGUAUGGAAGGAAUAAAGUACAAUAAUAUAACCAUAUCUGCUGCCCUAUCCGCAUGCGCAAGUUUACCAGCUAUAUAUUAUGGGAAGGAGAUUCAUGGUGUUACCAUAAAGGGUCCUAUAAAGGCAGACAUAUUUGCUGAGAGCGCUCUGAUAGAUAUGUAUGCGAAAUGUGGGAACUUGGAGUUGGCUCUUCGUGUUUUUGAAUUCAUGCCUGAUAAGAAUGAAGUAUCAUGGAACAGUAUAAUUUCAGCCUAUGGGGCUCAUGGUCUUGUUAAAGAGUCAGUGAGCUUGUUACAUGGUAUGCAGGAGGAAGGAUAUAAGCCAGAUCAUGUAACAUUUCUUGCUUUGAUAUCUGCUUGUGCUCAUGCUGGGCUGGUUGAAGAAGGUGUCCAACUUUUUCAAUGCAUGACGAAGAAAUAUCUGAUUGCACCACGAAUGGAGCACUUUGCUUGCAUGGUCGACCUAUACAGUCGUUCUGGGAAGUUAGAUAAGGCUAUACAAUUUAUUGCUGAUAUGCCUUUCAAGCCAGAUGCUGGCAUUUGGGGUGCUCUUCUCCAUGCUUGCCGUGUGCAUCGCAAUGUUGAACUUGCGGACAUCGCUUCCCAAGAACUGUUCAAGUUGGACCCUGCUAAUUCUGGUUAUUAUGUGCUCAUGUCCAAUAUCAAUGCAGUUGCUGGGCGAUGGGAUGGUGUAUCAAAAGUUAGAAGAUUGAUGAAGGAUAAUAAGAUCCUGAAGAUACCUGGGUACAGCUGGGUAGAUGUUAAUAACAGCAGCCAUUUAUUUGUUGCAUCAGAUAAAAGCCACCCUGAGUCUGAAGAUAUCUACACGUCCUUGAAGACCCUGCUUCAAGAACUAAGAGAGGAAGGCUAUGUUCCCAGACCAGAUCUAUGUCACCCCAUGCACCCAGAUAACAACACACAGGUGGAAUUUAAAAAGUUCUGGCAAUAUGAUUUGUCCUAGUGGCACUGAUAUGCCCUUCUGAUGGAAAUUCAAGGAAGAACACAUUGUUAUACAGACCACUGCUUGUUGAAAAGCAGUAUGUGCAAUUGUGUAUGCAGUUUGACAUUUGCAUGAGAAAAAGGUGGCUGCGUAAAGACACAUGGAGAGGGGUGGCGGUGCAGAGUGAGCGAAGAAGACCGAGGCUGAGAAGAGGGAAAGGGAUUAGGGAAUUGCCAUACUCUAUUUAUGUUUAAGAUUCAAAUGGUUACAUGACCCCUAUAUUUAUGGUUUCAAGAGGACUUGACCUCUAAGCAAUCUGGACUUAUCCUCCAUGCAACCUGUAGGGAGGAGGCUGAUGGCUCCCCUAGGGCCGUCGUUCACCCACUUGUUGUGCGCGCGCCCAGGGCCGUUCUUUGGGCCUAGCCAAGGGUCCGUAUUUAGUCCGGUGACAAUAGCUUUCUGUGGAUAUGCCUAUUUCUCAAGCAUGAGAAACACACGGAAGACCAAAAGAAAAAUCUGUGUAAAGAUAUUGGCGUCUAUAGGGAGCAUGACAUAUUCAUAAGUUUUCCUGUGAGGCUGCAAUUAUGGUGUUGCUGCUUCAUAUGCAAAGUUACACGAUUGAGCUUGUAACAUUGAAACAAAGGAAUGUGCUCCCUCGUCGCCAAGGACGGCUCGACGCUAAUGCUCAACCGGCGAGGCAACGGUUUCUGUUGCUCCAUGCAAUCAAAUCAGUUCCCGUCAGUCGCGGCCUCCAUGGCUAUCCACAAGUCGGCUAUGGUGUCGAGACGGCCGUCGUUCUUGAGUAACCUAUACAGAUCCCCAAUUCGUGUGAGUGAAGAAAUUAAGAAAACAUCAUGAGCUGAGCAGCCCUCAAGGCUACAUCCCUCCAUCAUGCUCGACUCUUUUUAGGGUUUCAUUCUUGCUUAAUAUAGUAUUUGUUGGCAUUUCUUCGCAUGCCCGAUUUGGGUGUGGUAUGAGGAAUUAGGCUGCAAUUUCUUUUUUUUAUCCAUCCAUCCUAGUGCACGGAAUAUCAUCUUCUAGCUGUUAUAAAAAGAUUUGCCCACCCUGUUAGUUUUGUUUUUUUUCUUUUCUGAACACACAUAAGAGUUGUCCAUCAUUAUGUCAAGAAGAGAAGUCUAGAUGACUCAUAUAACCCUGAGGGAUGAUUUGGUGACCAGGAAAAUGGAUGGGAUUUAUGAGGACAAAUUCUCUUGCUAUUCAAAAUAGCUAAGGGGGCAAACACCGCACUAGCUUGCCACUCACACUAGUACGUGACCAACACUAAGGAGGGACAUCAUGACCAUAAAUUACGGAGCCCCUGUUACUUUUGUUCAGAGUGAUUUAUUAACUGAUUCUUCUGUUCCAGAAUAUCGAUCGAAAUGAGUAAUUUAUUCUGAUAUAUGAUACUAUUCGAAACA